AUGUCGGGGUCACACCUGAAAGCGACGCCGUUGGGGCUUCUGCUCCUCGCCCUCGCGAGGACAGGGCAGAGUGUCGUCUAUGUGACAGAUUUGCCACUUUUCUCAAGACUGGCGCCAUGUGCGGCAUCGGCGAUUAGCUACCAUAUCAUGUCCCAGACCAGGGCAAACUGCCCCCAAGCAGUGACGGAUCUUCAGGGCUGCGUCUGCACAAAGAACAACAACAUCGUCGCCAUAUCGUCGGGAAUCUCGAGCUCGGUCAGCUACUCGUGCGGCUCGACCGCCAGCGACGACCAGGCCUCGGCCGCCACGGUGCUGUCGGCGUACUGCAACCAGAACGCGAUGCCGACGUUUGCGCCGCCGUCCAUCACGGUGACCAACUACAUCUCGGACCUGCCCGAGUUCCAGUACCUCGCGGGUUGCGCCAAGGGGGCGCUCGGGUACGCGGUGCAGAGCAUGACCAACAGCUUCUGCCCGCCCGAGGCGAGCAACCUGGCGACGUGCGCGUGCAUGAAGAACCAGAACUCGCUCAAGGUCAGCCAGAUCAUCAACUCGUCGGUCCGGUACAGCUGCACGUCGCACAUGGCCGACGUGACGUCGGCGCAGGCCAUGUUCUCGGCCUACUGCAACAUGGCCGUGUCGGGCAUCUCCAACUUCCCGCAGCCGUCGCCGCCGCCGGGGGACAUGUCGUACUAUAUUACGGCCCUACCGCAAUACUCAGCAAUGGCCCCGUGCGCCCAGAGCGCCGUGUCGUACGCCAUCAAGUCGCAGGCGAACAACUACUGCCCCGAGGGCGUGCAGGCCCUCGCGUCGUGCGUCUGCAUCAAGGAGAGCAUCUUCGGCUCCGUCUCGAGCAGCGUCACGUCGGGCGUCAAGUGGUCCUGCUCCUCCACGGCCAGCGAGGACAUCACGUCGGCCCUGGCGGUGCUCGACGUCUACUGCAGCGCGGCCAAGGGCCAGGUCAAGCCCACGGGCAUUGCCGAGUCGAUCCAGCAGACCUUUCCCGUCCCUCGAUCCGGCACGAUUGCUCCAGGCCCCGGCCAAACCGGCGGGGCUGGUGGUGGUAGUGGAAACGGCGGUGGCGCAGGCGGAGGCGGUGCGAACGGGGGACCGGACGGGAGCUCUGGGACGAGCCAGCCUUCAAAUACCGGCGUCAUCGCGGGCGCGGCGGGCGGCGGGGUGGCCCUGCUGCUCGGGAUCGGCGUCGCCGUCUUCUACCUGAUGCGGAACGCGCGGCGCAAGAAGGCGGCCGAGGACAUCGCCAUGGUACAGCCCAAGUCGUCGGCCGACCAGGACUUUGGCGGCGGCAAGCCCGAGCUGGACGGGGCCAUGAUCACGGCCGCCGACCUGCCGCCGUCCAGCCCGAGCCCCAGCAUGCUCAAGACGCACGCGUCGCAGCGCAUCGCCGACAACGUCUCGCCCGUCUCGGCGCACCACAACCACAACCACCACCAGCACGGCGGCGGCGGCGGCGCGUUCCCGUCGCCCCCGAUGCCGACCGAGCUCCACAACGAGAGCCGCGUGCAGCAGCAACAAGCGGGGGCGCAGAACGUGUCGCCCGUCAUGCCUUCGCCUUAUAGCCAAAACGGACAGUUCCAGGCCUAUGGACAGCAGCAGCAGCAGCAGCAGCAAUACCAGCCGGGCGGCGCGCAUGAGAUGCUGGGCCAGCAGACAUACAGCACCAUGAUUAGGCCAGAGCUUCACGGUAGCUAUCAGCAGCCGCUGCCGCUGCAGCAGGCGGGCCCGUACGGCAACGUGCCGGCGUCCCCCUUCGGCCCGGGCUUCCAGGGCCAGGCCCAGGGGCUGUACGAGUUCCCGGCGGCCGCCAUCGCCGCCUUCCCGCGGCCGCCGUCGUCGGCCGCCAACACGGCCUCGGGGCUGGGGGCCUCGCCGCCGCGCCACACCUACGAGCCCGCCGGCUCGCGGCCCGCCACGGCAUCGUCGCAGCAGCACCUGCGCCCGUCCGAGGCGUCCGCCCCCGGCAUGUCGUGGCACUCGGGUCCCGUCGCGGGAUACUCGGAGCUCGAUGGGGGCGGUGGCGGCCGGCAGCCUGGCGCGACGAGGUAA